GUCUCGGAUGCUAGAUAAAUGAAACCCCCUCCCGUGGGCUUCCCACCUUUCUGCCGCCGGCGACCCAGGGUCGGUGUUCGGAGCCGGUCCCCGGCGCCUCUCCCAAGGGAACCAUGAGGUUUUUCAUCGUCUUAAUCGGGCUGGCCCAGCUCCCGAACCGGGCCGCCGCCGCCCCGAACGCCGGUCCCUUCAGAUACCUCGACUGCGACGACCCGCAGGCGGAGGAGGUGGCAGCGGAAGCCGUGCGCUACGUUAACAGCCACAGUCGACGCGGAUACAAAUAUGCCCUGAAUCAGAUUGACAAAGUCAAAGUGUGGCAACGGAGACCUUUUGGAGAGUUAUUUGAUCUGGAACUGGACCUGCUGGAAACCGAAUGCCACGUGCUCGAUCCCACUCCGCUGGAAAACUGUACCGUGAGGUCCCUGACGGAUCACGCUGUCGAAGGAGACUGUGACAUUAAGCUGAUGAAGGUGAAAGGCACAUUUACCGUGCAGUCUGCAAAGUGCGAGUCCUCUCCAGACUCGGCCGAGGAUGUCCUCAAAGUGUGUCCUGACUGUUCCUUGCUGACCCGUCUGAACGACACCGCGGUGACUCACGCCGUGGAGGCCGCCCUGGCCAAAUUCAACUCUGAAAACAACGGCUCCUAUUUCCGGCUUCUCGAGAUCUCCAGGGCCAAGAAAGUGAAUUUGCCACCGUCCACCGUUGUGGAAUUUGCGGUCGGCGCCACUGACUGUGCGGCCAGAGAGGUUUCCGACCCGGCCAAGUGUAACCUGGUGGUAGGGCCAGAGCAAUCGGGUUUCUGCAAGGCCUCGCUGUUCUACCGAGUCGGAGGUGGUGAAGAAGUCCAAGUUGGCUGUGUAGUUUUUGAUCCUCAGGUCUUCCUCUCCCCUUCAGUCCUCUCUGCUCCCUCCGGCUCGAUCGACCCUCUCACAUCCACUCCUGGUCAUGGUGUGCUUCCUCCAACUUCACUAGAUCGGCCCGGCCUGGUUAAAGGGCUUCACUGGUUGAAGAUGGUGGAGACCCCUCUGACUUCUUUUAAGGAAGACUCCUUGUAGACCUUUCAUCGAAAGCUGGGAAAUCCCCAGUAAGAGGCACGAGGACAGAAACAGAAAGCAGAGCGCGAACAGAAACCGAACGUAAGGCAUUUGAGUCAUAGUAAUAAAGCGGUCAUUUUCUGCGCCCAACACAAUCUGCGUUGCCUUUCGGGAACAGAAUUACAGUAACACGUUCCGCGUGUCAAACA